UAAAAGAAAAUUUAUUUAUCAUCUGUCAGAUGAGCAAGUAAUGUAACAUGUAUUGAGUUUUCUUAGUCAUCUACAAGAGGCAAAUUCAACAUACAAACUUGCGUGUUUUUUUGUAUACAAAGCAGGGAUCAUCAUCUCGUUGUCAGCAAUUACGAUUUAUAACAACAAACCCAUCAACAUUAAAUGGGAGGAAGCAACGAAGCUCCACAUGACAUCGAAAGCCCUUGCACUCCGUUACUAACUUCAAUGAGUAAGGAGUUGCAUGGUUUGCUUUCCUUGUCCGCUUCAAUGAGUCAGGAGUUGGAUGAUUUGCUUCCCUUGUCCAAUUCGUGUUGUAUCUACAGAGUUCCUGAAGAACUACGGCGUGUAAAUGAAAAGGCCUACACACCUCAAGUAGUCUCUAUAGGUCCGCUUCACCAUGGCAAGGAAGGCUUAGAAGACAUGGAAGAACACAAGAAGAGGUACCUUCAGUAUUUUUUAGAUCGGACUGGGGUCAGCUUGGAAGUUUGUGUAGAGAAAAUAAAGGACAAAGAAGCGAAACUGCGCGGUUGCUAUGCGCACACCAUUGGGUUGUGCAGUGAUGAAUUUGUAAGAAUCAUUCUUGUGGAUGCCGCGUUCAUCAUUGAGCUCUUAUUAAGGAAUUAUUCGCCUUUCCUGCCGGAUAGCGAAGACCGCAUCUUUAACAAACCAUGGUUGAUAAAGUUUAUAGUACCUGACAUGCUUUUGCUCGAAAAUCAGCUCCCGUUUUUCAUUCUUGAGGAUCUCUUUGCCACUGCUGAGGUCAGUGAGGUGCUGGCUACGGAGCUUUCAGUACUUGACCUCUUUUACAAGUUCUGUAAGGAAUCAACGAAUUUCUAUAUGGGAAAAGGCAAUUGGGAACGUCCUAGUUUUAAAGUAGAGCAUUUUGUUGAUUUGGUUAGAACUUUACAUCUACCAACACCGGAAGAGAACUUCAAAAAUCGAGGGUCAGUCGAAACUCUAGCUGUACCCAGCAUGACGAAACUACGCCAGGCUGGAGUCAAGUUUAAGGCGAGAUCAAGCAAGAAUCUAUUUGAUAUAUGUUUCAAAGACGGAAUUUUGGAAAUUCCAAAUCUAAAUAUAUACGAUGGCACGGAGCUUGUACUCCGAAACCUACUACUUCAGUGAUUAUAGCCUCCUCAUGGAUUAUUUUGUGAACACCCCAAAUGAUGUGGAAUUGCUUGUCAAGAAUGGAAUUGUUGAACAUCUGCUUGGUGACAACACUGAGGUGUCUACUCUGAUUAACAGCCUUGGCAAAGGUGUUUUCGUUCACAGAGACAAAUUCUAUUAUGCUACUCUUACUAAGGGCCUCAACAAGUACUACAAUAAGAGGUGGAACAAAUGGAAGGCAGAUCUGAAACAAAAAUAUUUCAACUCACCUUGGACAACUAUUUCUGUAAUUGCUGCUACUUUGAUCAUCAUACUCACUUUCAUACAAACGGUGUGUUCUUUUUCCCAAUGCGCACAACGCUAAGUUUCCCACUUAAUUUCUCCCUCAUCUUUCCCAUUUAAUUUCUAGCGUGCAUUAUAUGUACAUGUUAAUUUGCAGUUGCUUGUCUAUGUAUGAAAUUUAAAUAA